AUGACCAACCCCAUAAUGUUGACUCUGAGAGGCUACGCGCUGGCUUCCAAACAACACAACAACCUGAGGGAUAUCCAGCACAUAAUCGAAUAUUGGCGAGCCAUCCUUGGAAGCCUGACAGACCAGCAGACAGCCAAUCUCGAGCAGCAGAGGCCGGGGGUUGUCAAUCAGAUGUAUCAGGCGCUGAUUUGUACGGGCUGCCACCUUAUGCUCCUGGCGCAUGAGCUGGAGAGCACCUCGACUCGGACUCUGCUGUGGCAGCGAAUCUGGCCCCGCACCCAGUUAUCGGGAGAAAGGCUCAUGAAGGCUACGGGAGAAACCUUGGCGGCCACCUUGAAAGCGACUCCCAACUUCGACAUCGUCUCGGCUGUGCUUGCAGCGGAUGCCGCCAUCACGGAGUUGAAAGCUGGUGAAUCGCUUGUCCGUCACAUGUACGCACGAGCUACGAGAGCUAAUGGUGCUGCGAAGAACAUACCAGGGCAUUGCAACAAGCUUUUGGAAGACAAGCCACGGCUGCAGGCGCAGAAGAUGAGGACGUCGACGAAGUCGAGCCCGACAUGGUCAUAG